GUGAUGAUGAUGCAUCCCUUCCCAAUAAUGGCCUUGUUCUUGUCUAGUCCUCAAGAGUUGUUGACAAAAUAUUAUUCACCUUGUAGGUGGUCAAUAUCUCGGCAUUGUUCCAUUAGUAGGAGAAAUAGGUGUUGGAUUGCACGAGCAACCGAUGUAAAGAGGAUAAAACAAACCGUUUCAGGAGAGAAUAACAAAAGUCAAGAACAAAUUGCUAUACAAACAACAACACCCAACCAACAGUGGUUGUGGUUGAAACGAAAGAUCAAUUCUCCUUUUGCUCUAAUAGGUUUCGUGGUAAUCAUAAUAUCGAUGGUGUUGCGUCCUAAACCUUCUUCCAAAAAAGAAAAAAGAGUGACGGGGAUUUCUUCUUCUGUUCAACGUUCAACAAAGUCUUUACUAGACCCCAUCAAAGAAACAAAUAAUAACCCAACAAGGCUAGAAAGUUUCAGAGCCAUUCCUGCUCCAGCUGUUACUAGUGAUGAUGCUUUGGAUAUGUUGGAAGAUAAUCGAAAAAAGUUUAUCAUCGUGGGUGGUAAAGGAGGAGUUGGGAAAACUAGUAUGUCCUCAGCUUUAGCUACAAAAUUUGCAGAUGCUGGGAAAAAGACUCUUAUUAUUUCAACUGACCCUGCACAUUCUUUAUCUGAUGUAUUUGAUCAGAAUCUUUCACGUGGAGAAGCAAUUCAAGUGAUAGGAAUAGACAAUUUAUUUGCAAUGGAAGUAAAUCCGAAUGAUUUGAAAGAUACUUUCAAAUUGUUGCCUGCCAACCAAAGAAACGAACUUUUAGGAAUGGGAGAUAUGGGUUUGGAUGAGUUGGAUAGUCUCUUUGAAACACUUCCUCCAGGAUUUGAUGAAGCAGUAGCUUUGGUGGAAAUCAUUCGUCUGAUUCAGGGAGACCCUCAAUAUGCAAAAUAUGAAAAGAUUAUCUUUGAUACUGCCCCGACAGGUCAUACACUUCGUCUUCUUUCAUUACCUGACUUUUUGGAUGGUUUUGUUGGCAAAUUUUUGUCAAUGAAGAACAAGUUUUCGAAUGUAAUGAAUUCAUUUAAAGGCAUGUUUGGAGGUCAAGAGAACGAUAAUUUAGAUUCUGGAGACUUGCAAGAGUUGAAGAAUUCCAUGAAAGUUGUGAGGGAUUUAUUUCGAGAUGAGGAACAAACGGAAUUUAUUGUUGCAACUAUACCGAAUAUGAUGGCCAUCUCGGAAAGUGUACGUUUAGUAAAAGAACUGUACAAGGAAAGAAUUCCUGUGCGUCAUUUAUUCGUGAAUCAAGUUCAAGUUGAGAACAAUCACUGUUCCUUUUGUUGUGCUCGAUAUAAGGAACACAAAGCCAACUUGCAGUAUAUUCGAGAACAAUUUCAAGGCUUAAGAAUUACUCCCGUGCAGUGUUUUGAUAGAGAAAUUAGAGGUUUAUAUGCAUUACGAACGAUGGCGAAUCAGUUAAGCAAAGACUAGUCAUGUGAACACAAAUAUAUCGGUAGA